UUGUGAUCUGUGGUCUGCUACAUUUUGCGUGUGGAGGGGAAAUAGAAACUCAAUAUUGGAAAAUCAGUUUAAAAAUUUGAAAAUAAACACAGCAUCAACAUGUCUGGAUUUAGCUUUGGAGGGGGAACGACGGGAGGAUUUAGCUCAACACCUGCUGGAUUUGGUGGAUUUGGAUUUGGAAACCAAGCAAAAACAACUGCCUCCACUGGAUUUGGUUUUGGAUCAACAACAUCUACAGCUGCACCUUCAUUUGGGUUUGGUAACUCCACAGCCACUAGUGCUCCAGCCUUUGGGUUCGGUGCAAACACCACAUCUAGUGCACCAUCAUUUGGAUUUGGAACUUCUACUGCUACAAGCACUCCAGCCUUUGGGUUUGGUACAACCACCACAACUAGUGCACCAUCAUUUGGAUUUGGUUCAACAGCAUCAAGUGCCCCAGCAUUCGGCUUUGGAUCAACAACAAGUGCUCCUUCUUUUGGUUUUGGAUCUACUGGGACUAGUGCACCGUCUUUUGGAUUUGGUGGGACGGCCACAACGAGUGCUGCAACAGGAUUUGGUGGUUUUGGUUUUGGAGGAACAACAUCUACCGCCACUGGCAGUUUGUUUGGAGGAAGUCAACAGGUACAAGCCCCAGGCGUGGAUGCAGAGGCCCAGGAGCUAGCCCAGAUCGCCCAGGCUGUCUCCAUGCCCCAGAUAUUCGGGGAUGAGAGGGACGCUGUCAUUGCCAAAUGGAACCAGCUACAGGCACUCUGGGGAAAGGGCAAAGGCUACUUCAACAGAACACAGUGUGUUCAAUUUAAACCUGACAACCCCUUUUGUAAAUUUAAGGCUGUGGGUUACAACUGUAUGCCUUCAGGGAAGAAUGAAGACGGCCUGGUGUCGCUGAUCAUCGGUAAGCCCCUUGCUGAGGUUAAACAACACCAGCAGCAGGCCCUCGACACACUGCACAUCAUCCUUGGCAGCAAGACACAACACACAGUCUGUGCAGAGGCUCUCAAUCCCCUCCCAGACAACAAGACUGAGUUGGUGGUGUAUGUGAUGGAACGUCCCCAGAUGGGCCCGGCAAAGCGUGUGCUGGCCAGUGACCUGUACACUGCCCUGUCUUCCUCCACACUCAAGCAGCAGGUGACAACAAAGCUAAGCGUCGAGACCAUCACAGCCAAGGUGCUAACUCAGGAACAGCUUAAACAGUACCUUGACAACCCACCUGCAGGGAUCAACCCAAUGUUGUGGCAGCAGGCUAUCCUGGACAACCCAGACCCAGAGCAGCUCAUCCCUGUGCCCAUGAUUGGCUUUAAGGAGCUCCACCGCAGACUCAAGUUCCAGGACCAGCAGACACGGCUGCACCAGCAGCGCCUAGAUUUGAUGGCAGAAGGUCUCAGUGAAUUUCAAACAAAGCAGAGCAACAUGUUGGCAAAACUGGAUGAAUACAAGAGGCGGCACCUGGAACUCAGUCAUAGACUUCUUCAGGUGAUCGUGAAGCAGGAGGUUUACCGGAAGCAAGGGUUUGCCAUACAGGUGGACGAGGAGCAGCUACGGGUCCAGCUAGAGGCCCUCCAAGCGGAGCUCAACCACCCUACACAGUUCAAGGGUCGUUUGAAUGAGUUGAUGUCCCAGAUCCGCAUGCAGAAUCACCUAACUGCAUCACGAUCCGAUUUCAACUACCAGAUGGACUCAACGGUCUUACAGGAAAUAAAAACUUUAUUAAAGCAGCAGCAGGAGGGUUUAACUCACCUAAUAGACAUUGUGAAGGAGGACAGCCAGGAUCUCAACAUUAUAGAUCAUGGCCUCACCGACACAGGCAGGAGAUGACCGGCCUCACAUUGCUGGGAGAAGACGACAAAUGUAGAGGGGCCUCAAAAUUAUGGUGCAUUGUGAACAAUAUCAUGUCAUACUGUUAGUGUUGAACUUGUGAGCAUAUAUAAGCUGUGUGAGACUAAUGAAGACAAGUUACUUGAGCUUUGUUAAUGAAAUUGCAUGUCAUUGUGGGUUUCUGAAUUGAAUAUAAUUUGGUGAUUUCAAUGUACUGUUAUAAAUUUGUAUGGCAAGUCUUUAAUAAUAAAAAUUGGAGCCACGCAACCAAUUUAAAGUGACAAUCUUAUUCAAAAUCAAUACAUGUAAAAAACAUAAGAUUUGAGUAAUAAACCUUUAACUACUUCCUAUAUAAUGCAUUUAUGGAAAAUAUUAAUAACUGUAACAAGAUUGUAACUGUGAACUUAAUAGCUGAAAACGCAAAAAUAUUUAAUGAUUGGUGAGUGCUAAAAGAUUGCAAUCUACUAUCGGCUUAUAAGGUUGAAAUACCAUGUUUUCUGCACCUUUCUUUCAAAUUAAACUCAGUAUCCUUCAUAAUAACCAUUGUUUUCGAUAUUUAUUCAUCCUUUAUGGUAUAUUAAAACAAUAAUAUUAAUUGUUUAAAAUCUUAUUUCGGAAUAAGACUGCAUCUUUAAAGGUGCUCUGAUAGUCAUCACCUUGGCUGUCUGCCCAUCAGUGCUUGGUAUCCAAAAUAUCAACUUUAAACUUAAUACAUGUACAUUCAAUCAUAGAUACAAUACACUCUUUUACGGCAACUUACAUAACUCUCAUAUAAACAUUGUCAGAUGUUUGUGCCUCUGUAAACUUAUUUUAAGAUUUAUGCCCCUUUGUCACCUUAUUCAAUUCAACAAACAAAUGUCAUUUUCAUGAUAACUUGAAAGCUACUCUUGUUGUAAGUUGAAUAAAGUUUUACACAUGCAUUAAGUUUCAUUCAAAUUAGCCUACACUGUAGGCUAAUUUGAAUGAAACUUAAUGCAUGGUAAAACUUUAACUUGUGUGUCCCAUAGUGUCUCUCUUGAUAUAUAAAAUGUUUCAGCUCUAUAAAUUGAAAGAAGUUAUUGAAAAUUGAAAGAUUUAUUAAAAGCAGUUAUAUGUCAAACAUGCUCAUUUCAAGAACUCUUACUCUGUGUCCCAUUGAUCAAAUUGCCUCCCUUGGCAUCAAGUGCUUAAGCAAAGGAAUUUACUUUUCAUCAGAACAUGAAGUUUUGGAUAAGAAUAAAUUAAACUUGAAUUAUUAAUGGCGGCAAUACUGUGUAUUGUUUUUUUUGUUAAGCGUCAAUCUUGCAAAACCUAGUUACCUAUUUCAAAAAAUAGUCAUUUUGGAAAAAACACACUUUUUUUAACCAAGAUAAUAGGCAAUGAAUCAUUUCAGAUUCUUUUUCAUUAAAGAAACAUCAACAAAUAUUCUCACGUUUACAAUUUAGAACUAAAACCUGUCUCUCAUUAUGAGUCCUUGGUAUAUUUAUAAAUAGGAUGAUUAGAUGUCGUGCAAGUUGACAACCUCCAUUGGCUCGGACAACUUUUUAAAACAGUGAUGAGAAAUUUUCUUACAAAGCAUACCAAUCAAAGACAUUUUUAUCACCUUGAGCCCUGUAAUACGUUCUUAUUGUCUAUUCGUCGUUAUGGGAAUAUAUGGGCGUUAAUUGAGGGUUCGUUUUAUUCUUUUUAUAAAACAGCUAUAAGCUGUUUAACACGAAAACUCCUGCACUGAAAGAACAAGUUUAAACAAUAUAUUAAGAAUCGCAAUAUAAAUCAAUAGUCAAUCGCAAUAACCAUAAGCGAUCGCCCGUUAAUAAUACAUAAUCAAUCACAUAUAACAUAAAACAAUACAAACAUGAUACAACGAAAUAUAUUACAUGACAAAAAGUACACAUGACAUGACAAUUAUACAUAAAUAUCUUACCAGUAUGUGGUUCUGAGCACAUUCAUUAUAUUCAAUCUCGCAGGUGCGGUGUUGUAAUUUGUUAUUUUAAUAAAUUUAAAAUGUUA